AGCUGUGCAGAGAAACUGAGAGGCCUCCUUUGGCGGGCCCGACGUCAGCCAAGCACGUCCCCCACGUCGUCUCCUGCUAGCCACUUAUUUAUUAUUUACUUUUCCCAAGGAGCAACCAGGAAUCCAAGCUUCAAACUUUUUUCCCCCUUCCCCUAAAGGGAGACAUCUCACACAAAACUUAGUUUUCAUGGGACUCUGGGAUCAAAAGAAAAGAAACAGCAACCAGAGCCCAGCCGCUAUCUGACCUUAACCGGCAAAGUAGGAAAAAUAAAGGGUUGCGUAAACAGAUCAAGUAGGGUCAUGGGAAGUUUCAGAGGUCAUGCCCUCCCUGGAACUUACUUCUUUCUUAUGGGUCUUUGGUGGAGUACCAAAAGUAUUCUGAAAUAUGUCUCCAAAAAGCAAAAGCGGUCCUGCUAUCCUAGUUCUAAAGCAUCAUUCCAACGAGUAGAACUUGUGGAGGGAAUUAUAAUCAUCUUCAUGGCUCUGAGUGGCAUAGGUGGGGAACAGUUUCUUAAUGGAGGACCAUCCCUGAUCUUAUAUAAAGAAGGCCAGUGGAACCAACUCACUGGCUGGCAUCAUUGUACCAUGUAUUUCUUCUUUGGACUGCUGGGUGUUGCCAACAUCUUAUGCUCCACUAUUAAUUCACUUCCAGCCUCUUUAGUGAAGUUAAUGAUGUCCAAUGCCUUUUUUGUGGAGGCUUUUAUCUUUUACAACCACACUCAUGGCCGAGAAAUGCUGGACAUCUUUGUACACCAGAUGCUGGUCUUAGUCGUCUUGUUGACAGGACUAGUUACCUUCCUGGAGUUCCUCAUAAGGAAUAAUGUAUUGGUAGAGCUUCUGAGGACAAGCCUCGUCAUACUACAGGGGACCUGGUUCUGGCAGGUUGCUUUUGUCCUAUAUCCCCUCAGUGGAAGUCCUAAAUGGGACCUGAAUGAUCAUGGCAACCGUAUGUUUCUCACCAUAUGCUUUUGUUGGCAUUAUGCAUUGACCUAUAUGAUCAUUGGAGUGAAUUGUGUUUUUGUUAUUUGGUUAGUUAGAUGGAGACUUAGGAGGCUCUGCCCAUCAGAAGUUGAACUCCUGAAAAAUACUGAGCAAGAACAAGAAUCAGAAGAAGAGGUGUGAUUGUGAUGGUCUAGUUCAGCCUUUUCUUAGUUCCACUGUCUUUGCUUAUGGUUAUAUUAUUUGACCUUUUGCUUGGAGAGCAACUGGCUGAGGUUGACUCUAUUCUGUUUGUAUUUGCAAUUUUGCUCAAGUAUCUGAAUUUAAAUAUUUUAUGUUUACCUUUGAAAAUACUUUGGGCAAUAAGCUCAUUUUGCACAUCAUUGUAUUCUGAAGCAAGAGUGACUGUUCCCAAGUCACUCCGAAACUGUUUCUAAGGUGCUAAGAAUAUGAAACAUAGUUGUUUGAUUUGCCUUACAGAGAUAUUCAAGGUUCCUGGGCUUGCUACUAUUUGUUAUUCAGCACACAUGGAAAUGUACUUGUUUAUCUUUUUUGCUGUAGUGGAAAAUAAAAGAUUGCAUACACCUUGGUGAUUGAAACCUCAUACUCUUGCUUUUGU